GUGGAUCUACUCGUCUUCUCCUCAUCACGAUCCCGCUUCUUCAGUAAAGGGGGCCUGGGCUCCAUCAUUUUGGCCAGACAAGAAUCGGGAUCGGGAUGACCUUCCUCUUCCUGUUUUUUCUCCCCAGUCCCGUUUUGCUGCUGCUGCGAUCGCUUCAUGCUGAGGACGGCGACCCCGACGAGGGUGAUGAUGAUGAUGAUAUGGAUGAUGAUGAUGAGGAGGAGGAGGGAGAUGAUGAGGGAGAUGAUGAGGCGCUCGUCUCUGGAUGGCUAUGGCGGCUCAGCGCGGCUGCCGUUGCUGCUGCCAUCGCUGAUGAGGAGGACGACGACCCCGACGAGGAUGAGGAUGAUGGUGAUGGUGAUGAUGACGAUGAUGAUGAGGGAGAUUAUGUGAUGCUGGUUUCUGGAUGGCUAUGGCGGCUCAGCCUGGCUUAUGAUGAUGAGGGAGAUGAUGAGAUGCUGGUUUCCGCAUGUGGCUAUGGCCGUGAUGAGGAUGAUGAUGAUGAUGAUGAUGAUGAUGACGACGAGGGAGAUGAUGUGAUGCCCGUUUCUGGAUGGCUAUGGCGGCUCAGGCUGGCUAGUGAUGAUGACGAAAACCAUUGCCAUGGUCAUAGGUUCUCUCUGUCUGUCUGUCUUUCUUCUGGACGGCGUGAAGACACUGCGUUUCUGGAUAUCUACGGUGGCUCUUGCGAUCUCGUCGAGGAGAAUGCACUCGAUGCGGUUUUGUCUGGAAGUGACACGUGGCACAGGCCGAGCAGCGGCAUUGGGAGUAGGAGAGGAGGGAAUGCCCUUGACUCUGGUGUGAGCGAAGCGGAAGAUGUCAGUGCAAUGGGACUGGAUCGUUCUCAGUCGGUCCCGAGUCCCAGUUUUCUCCUCGGUUCCAGAAGAUGGUUUUCGGCGGAAAGAUCAUCUGCAUAUGCGGCUGCGUCACCCAAGAAGGAUGAAAAGAAGCCGCCUCCAUUCUCAAAGGUGCUUGUAGCAAACAGAGGAGAAAUUGCAUGUCGAAUUAUUCGAACCGCGCGAAGGAUGGGAAUGCGAACGGCAGUUGUCCAUAGCGACGUCGAUGCUGACAGCAGGCAUGUGCGAAUGGCAGACGAGGCAGUCUGUGUGGGACCUGCAGCCCCUGCGCUCAGUUAUUUAAAUAUAGAUGCUGUGUUGGAUGCCAUCAAGUCAACUCAGGCAGAAGCGGUGCAUCCGGGGUAUGGCUUCCUCUCGGAGAACGCAGAAUUUGCGAGGAGGGUAGAGGAUGCGGGGGUUGCAUUUGUGGGACCGCCCUCAGCAGCGAUGGCAGUUAUGGGCGAUAAGGUGAACAGCAAGCGACUUGCAUCGUCUCUUGGGAUUGCCACGAUUCCGGGGAGUGGGGAGCCUAUCAGAGAUGUCGAACAUGCUGUUGAAAUCUCCAGGAAGAUAGGUUUUCCGGUGAUAUUGAAGCCUGCAGCUGGUGGCGGAGGCAAGGGCAUGCGAGUUGCGUGGAAUGAAGAUGAUGUAACAGAGGGCUUCAAUCUUUGCAAGUAUGAAGCAAUGUCAAGUUUCGGUGACAAUCGGAUUUUCAUUGAACGAUACCUGGAGGAACCACGACAUGUUGAGAUUCAAAUCAUGGCCGACAACUUUGGGAACAUGAUAUACUUCCCCGAGCGGGAGUGUUCAGUACAGCGACGAAAACAAAAGGUUGUCGAGGAGGCACCCAGCACUUGCGUUGAUGCAGGACUUCGGAAGGCAAUGGGAGAAGCGGCGCUUCGCCUUGCUCAAGCUUCCGGCUAUCGUUCUGCCGGGACUGUGGAGUUUCUUGUGAACAAGCAACACGACUACUAUUUUCUUGAGACGAACACCCGGCUGCAGGUGGAACACCCAGUCACCGAACUGAUCACCCGGCUGGAUCUGGUCAACAUGAUGUUCAGGAUUGCAGCCGGAGAAGCAUUGGACGUGACGCAGGAGCGUGCACUGGACUUAAAAGGAUGGGCAAUUGAAAGCCGGAUCUGCGCCGAAGAUCCGCGCAGAGGAUUUCUUCCAGCAAGUGGUCGCUUGCGGCAUUAUGUCAGACCGGUCCCGCAUUUGCGAACUGAGGUUGUGAGGGUCGACACUGGAGUCGAGGAAGGGAGUGAGGUCAGCAUUCAUUAUGAUUCACUACUUGCAAAGCGGGCUUUGGAUAGCUACGUUGUUCGAGGUGUCACAAAUAACAUCCCAUUUUUGCGGUCAGUGGUCUCUCAUCCGGCUUUCGUUGCUGGACAAUUGAGCACACGGUUCCUGGAAGAUCACUUUCCCAAAGGAUGGCACGGCGAGCACUUAACUGAACGGCAAAAGGGCGAGUUGUGUGCCAUAACUGCUCUUCUCCAAAUGACCCACAAGCAGAGGGCCUCCACAAUUGGGCCUAAGGCCCCGGAGCCCCUCACACCAACAGAUUUGGUCAUCACGUUGGAUGGGCAGGAUCGACAAGUGCAUGCUGUACCAGUCCCAGAGUUAUGGAAAGAGACAUUCUCACUGGAAGUUGACAUGGGGUGGAUGAAGUUCAAUAUCAAGGGGAACAAGAAGUUGGGAAGGCAGCCAUGGGUUGUGGAUUUCGAGAUUGAUGGGAAGCCAGGGUCAUGUCAGAUUGUGAAGAGGCUUCCUAGAGGCUUCAGGAUAAUGUAUCAUGGUGCCGAGUAUGAUGUGCUUGUACAGAAUCCAACGCAGGCUUCUCUACAGCAGUUCAUCAAGCCACCUCCUGCUACAGAUCAUCGGAAGAAACUGAGAUCUCCCAUGCCAGGAUAUUUGAAAAUCAAGGCCAUUCACGCGAAGGAGGGCGACAUCCUUGCUGUGGACCAGAUUAUACUAGAGUUCGAGUGAGCUGCCCGCACAGCGCCAUCCUGGGUGACUCAAGGUCCAAAGGUCAAGAUCGCUUCACGCCAUGGGGAGUGCCGAUACUCUUCCUCAGAUGUGAUUAAAGCAGAAGCUGGUGAAGGAGCUACAAGCGAUCAGAAGGAGAAGUGGAGGGGAGAAGAUUGUGGAGAGAGCAAACAGGGAGGCCUUUCAUAGGGGAGGAGGUCGUCGCCAAUUCCUUCCUCUCGUUUUGGACGUCAUAGGAGAACCACGGUGCAGCAGGCCGCUCUUGGUCAUCGAGAUCGCUCGAGGAGCCGCGGUUAGUUGGGAGAAGUGGAGGGCACUCUCCAAGGAGGUGGGACCAGGUGAGAGCGAGUGGCAGAAGUGUGGAUCAGGUUUGCUUUUAUUUGCGUGGGGCUCGUCUCUACGGGUAACCUCCUCUGAGGGAACUGGCUCGACAAUGAAUGUGAACGGCCAACAGGUGACGUCAGCUGCAUAAUGAACAUGUCCAUUCACUGCGUCGAGAUUCUGAUUAAUUUUAUUUUAGUAGUUGUCGGUUUGGUCAUUGCAGGUGUGGACAGAUUCGCAGAGUGAAUUUGGACUCAUUUGCAGAGUGAAUUCCUAAUCGUUUUGUUUGUGUACAUGUCAUCUGUCACUGGGAUUUAAGAUCAAGCAAACCAAACUGGUUCAGGACGGUCGUUUUGACGUGUAAGUAAAACAUCAGAGGGCAAGUUGUACUGAAUCAAGUGACCAGUGGGGUUCAGUAGCGUUCGGGCUCAUUAACGUUCAUUCGUAGUUUUCUGGGACUAUUCUCUGGUGCCAAGGGACCAGAAUGCAUUUACACUGGGAAGUUGGGAACGGUACUGAUUUCUCGAGGUUGCUAGAGUUUUUUUUUUUUUUUUUUUUUUUUUUUUUUUUUUCGGACGAAGAGUGUUGUUGUAUAGGAUUACAGGAAGAGAUUGUGAAAGGCAUAGUUCUCUACUGACGUGACACCUGUCUCAGCCUUUCUUUUGAUUUAGGUAUGAUUGCAUCACACAGAUAGAAACGCACCAAAAGUGCG